AUGACGCAUGCGGAAGCGUGGACAGGCUCUCGCCUCCGGAGAAAAGGCUCGCUCGGCGCUUCCGGGAGCCCCGCGGCGGCGGCCAGACCCGGCAGCCUCCGGUACCUCUCAGGGAGUCUCGGACGUGAGGCCGGAGGCCCCACUCCCCGCGGAGCCCAGAUGCCUGUCCAGCCUCCAAGCAAAGACACAGAGGAGAUGGAAGCAGAGGGCGACUCAGCCGCCGAGAUGAAUGGGGAGGAGGAAGAGAGCGAGGAGGAACGGAGCGGCAGCCAGACCGAGUCCGAGGAGGAGAGCUCAGAGAUGGACGAUGAGGACUACGAGCGCCGCCGCAGCGAGUGCGUCAGUGAAAUGCUGGACCUGGAGAAGCAGUUCUCGGAGCUGAAGGAGAAGUUGUUCAGGGAACGGCUGAGUCAGCUGCGGGUGCGGCUGGAGGAGGUGGGAGCUGAGAGGGCGCCCGAAUACACAGAGCCUCUCGGUGGGCUGCAGCGGAGCCUCAAGAUCCGCAUUCAGGUGGCAGGGAUUUACAAGGGCUUCUGUCUGGACGUGAUCAGGAACAAGUACGAGUGUGAGCUGCAGGGAGCCAAGCAGCACCUGGAGAGUGAGAAGCUGCUGCUCUACGACACCCUGCAGGGGGAGCUGCAGGAGCGGAUCCAGAGGCUGGAGGAGGACCGCCAGAGCCUGGACAUCAGCUCUGAGUGGUGGGAUGACAAACUGCACGCCAGAGGCAGCUCGAAGACCUGGGGAUCCCUGCCGCCCAGCAAGAGGAAGAAGGCCCCUCUUGUUUCCGGCCCUUACAUCGUGUACAUGCUGCAGGAGAUCGACAUCCUGGAGGACUGGACGGCCAUCAAAAAGGCAAGAGCAGCCGUGUCCCCUCAGAAGAGAAAAUCAGAUGCCCAGCCUCCAGGAAAGGAGCCCAGAGGGAGGCAGGGUUUGUGUCAGAUCAGUGGCCUGAGAGAGUCAGGACGGUCUGGGUGUGAGGGCAUUGUGGGAGUUAGGGCGGGGGACCUUGACCCUGCUGUUCACAGCCAGGGGGCCGUUGGAGCAGCUGGCAGCAAACCCAGCAUUUGAACUUACCUGCUGCAGAAAGGCAGACUGACAGGCCCCUCAGCGUCUGCCCAGCCAGCCCUCCAGUGCUGCUGUGGCCCUCCCGUCCAUCCACCACUGGUCUGGACUCCUCCUCUGCCCCUCCUCGGGGCCCUGUUCAACUG